CCUGGUAACGGUUGGUAACGCUAAAAAGUUGACUUGAUCGAAAUUCCGUACGACAAUGAGUGCUCUCCGGUUCUGGUUGCCACUUGUUGCCCUCCAGCUCACGGCGUGUACUUGUCAAUAUAGAUAUGGGCCAGAGCGUUCCUGGGAUCUGCGUUCCACUGCGGAGCUGAAAAGCAAAGAGUUUUGGUUUCACGAUGCCCAGCGAACACUUUACGAGAAGCUAUCGACGCCUCCGAAUCAAUAUCGGGCCAAAAAUGUGAUCUUCUUCCUGGGCGAUGGAAUGUCCGUGCCUACGGUAACCGCGGGACGCAUCUUCGAUGGACAACUUAGAGGAGUGGUGGGAGAACGAAACCAGCUGGAGUUCGAAAAGUUCAACUAUGUGGGGCUUUCCAAGACGUACUGCGUCAACAAACAGGUGGCGGACUCUGCCUGCACAGCCUCUGCCUACCUGUCCGGAAUCAAGGCCAAUUACCUGACCAUUGGAGUGACAGCCGACGUGGAGUUGAACGACUGUCCCGCCGCUCGAAAUCCCCAGAAUCGCCUCUCCUCCAUAGCCGAAUGGGCGCUCAAGGGUGGCAAAUCCGCUGGCUUGGUGACCACCACCCGGGUGACCCAUGCCAGUCCAGCUGGGGUUUAUGCUCACACCUCAAAUCGCGACUUUGAGAGCGACUAUGACGUGACCAACCUGGGCCAGAAUCCGGGCAAUUGUCCAGACAUUGCCCAGCAACUGAUUGACGGCGGAGUGGGCAGCCGACUCCGGGUGGUAAUGGGUGGCGGCACCAUCAAGUUCCUGCCCAACUCCACCACGGAUGUGUACGGCAACACGGGUCAGAGGCUGGACGGAAGGAACCUCAUCGAGGAGUGGCAGCAGAGCAAGCCCGGCAAUGCCCGAGUCCUGUUCAAUCGCACCGAUCUCCUGAACACCGAUCCGCAGGACACGGACUUCCUGCUGGGUCUCUUCAACUCCUCCCACCUGGCCUAUCACCUGGACGACAGCGUGGACACGCCCACCUUGGCGGAGAUGACCUCAACCGCUAUUAAAGUGCUCUCCCGCGACCCCAAUGGUUAUUUUCUGUUCGUGGAGGGCGGUCGCAUUGACCAUGCCCACCAUGAGACCAAGGCCAAGAAGGCUUUGGACGAGACUGUCCAGUUUUCGGAGGCAGUUCGCAAGGCCCGCCAGCUCACGAAUCCCUGGGACACGUUGAUCGUGGUCAGUGCUGAUCAUGGGCACACGGUCACCAUCAGUGGCUAUCCGGAUGUGAACAACAGCAUUGUGGGACUUAACUCGGAGCUGAGCAACGUUGACCAGUUGCCCUACACCGCCAUUUCCUAUGCCAAUGGUCCGGACUACGAUAGGUUCUAUAAAUCUACGGAUGGGGAGGUGGAACGUGUAGAUCUCCGGACUUUGGAUUUUACGGAUCGGGAUGCCAUCUAUCCGCACGGCGUGCCUAUGACCGAGGAGACUCAUGGAGGUGGCGAUGUGGCAGUCUAUGCGCACGGACCUUGGUCGCAUCUCUUUACUGGCGUUUACGAGCAAAGCACUUUGCCGUAUAUGAUGGGGUUUGCCUCCUGCCUGGGACCGGGAAUUACGUACUGCGAUCUUCAGCCAAAGCCGGUUUACAGGGCUUAGUAGGUAACUUAUUUAUAUUAAACAAAAUAAAUAACGGAGGUGCGAAAAACAAUA